UAUCGCAAUCCAUUUUCUGGUCACUGACUGCUUGACCCCUUGUAAUUAUCAGGAUACCUUGCAUUAUAUCUGUACUUUUUGUAUCCAGUGUCAGCUAGCAUAAUUCUAUGAAUAAUGAAAACGAUUUCCUCCGCACGUUGUCUCACGCUUGACAUGUCCCAUACACGAGAACUAAUCCUACUCAUCUACCACAAUGUCGACUCCCCAAAGAUUCGUCAAGCGCAACGAGAUAUAUGCUGCAACGUUCAACAAGGGCGACUUGGCUUUGCCUCCGUCGAAGAAGAUCAUCGUGGUAACUUGUAUGGACGCGCGAAUCGAUCCCGCCGCGUCGCUUGGUAUUGAGCUUGGAGAAGCACACAUUAUUCGCAAUGCAGGAGGCAGAGUGGAGGAUGCUCUCAGGAGUAUUAUUAUAUCUCAGCGUCUCCUUGGAACACGAGAAAUAGCCGUCUUUCACCAUACAGAUUGUGGAAUGAUGACAUUCACCACUCAGGAAUUGCAGAGCAAGAUUGCCGAUGAGGACGGACCCGAAGCAGCCAACCUGGUCAACCGAAUUGAUUUUCUGGAGUUCACCAAGUUGGAAGAAAGUGUGAAGCACGACGUCAAAUAUCUGCAGAGCCAUCCCCUUGUGUUGAAGGAUACUACCAUCAUAGGGUGGACUUAUCACGUUGAAAGCGGAAAGGUAACUCAGGUCGACCACUGAUGAGGUCUCUUCGCUAGACUACACAUGAAUUCACUGUAUAAUAUAACAGUGAUGACGUCUUGCUUUUUCUCUAAACUCGUUGGAAUGGCCUUUAGAGCUCCCCUGCACUCAAAGCGUUU